GCUGGUUUGAUUCAUCCAUUUUGAAGAGACGGGGGAGCGGGGGGCUCGUCAGAUCCAGGGGCCCGAAACAAGCAGCCGCGGACUCUGAGAAGCCAGCAGCUCGGGGCUCGGCAGCAGCGGCCCCGCCGGCCGGAGCGGGGGGGUGGGGCGCCGAGUGCGCGGGGAGGGGGGUCCUGGUCCUCAGCUCCUCGACUUGGUCGCGCCUCGACAGCGAACAUGUCUCGGCCUGUCAGAAAUAGGAAGGUCGUGGAUUACUCACAGUUUCAAGAAUCAGAUGAUGCAGAUGAAGACUAUGGAAGAGAUUCAGGACCUCCUGCUAAGAAAAUUCGAUCAUCUCCUCGAGAGGCUAAAAAUAAGAGGCGGUCUGGGAAAAAUUCACAAGAAGACAGUGAAGACUCAGAAGAAAAAGAUGUGAAGACCAAGAAGGAUGAUUCUCACUCAGCAGAAGACAGUGAAGAUGAAAAAGAUGAUCAUAAAAAUGUACGCCAGCAACGACAGGCAGCAUCUAAAGCAGCUUCAAAACAGAGAGAGAUGCUCUUGGAAGAUGUUGGCAGUGAGGAAGAGCCAGAAGAAGAUGAUGAGGCACCAUUCCAGGAGAAUUCUGGCAGCGAUGAAGAUUUCCUAAUGGAAGACGAUGAUGAUAGUGAUUAUGGCAGUUCAAAAAAGAAAAACAAAAAGAUGGUUAAGAAGUCCAAACCUGAGAGAAAAGAAAAGAAAAUGCCCAAACCCAGACUAAAGGCUACAGUGACGCCAAGUCCAGUGAAAGGCAAAGGGAAAGUGGGUCGCCCCACUGCCUCUAAGGCAUCAAAGGAAAAAGCUCCUUCUCCCAAAGAAGAGGAGGAGGAAGCAGAAAGCCCUCCAGAAAAGAAGACAUCUGCAAGCCCCCUACUCGAGAAGUCUGGAGAUGAAGGGUCUGAGGAUGAAGCCCCAUCCGGGGAAGAUUAAAAGUGAUGUUUGGGGAGAGAUUUUAUUAAAAAACAAAAAAAGGAAACCUACAUAGGACAUGGUUUGGGCUGUGGCUUGACUCAUGGGCUUUCAGUGCUAUUUCAUUUGUCUAAAAUAAUGUUUAUCUGUCUCACUAUCAAAACCAUUGUAUGUUGAAGUGUUUAAGUUGCCAUUUUGUUUUACGGUUUUUAUUCUUUGCCAAUCCCUCCCCUUCUCCCAGUGAAAGCCAUGUGAAUUAAUUGACUGUUUCAUCUUUGUAUUUUUAAUGAAAGGAAGAAAAACCACGCUGUAAAGCAAUAACAUUUGAGAUGAACGCUAUGGAAACUUUGCUUUUUGUUAAAGAAUAUCAACUUGAACAAUAGUUCAAAAAAAAAAAAAAACUAGAAAGGUUUUAAUUGAAAAUGAUUGUUAUUUCUUUUCCUGUACUUUUGACAGACCAGUUGUCAUUUAACAUGAGCUUAUAUGUCCAAAGUAUAAAUGUUGAAAAGAAUCAUGACUAAAUUUAUACUAGUGAGGCAGUUGGAAGGUGAACAUGAAUUCUGGAUUAACUCAGUACUCACAUUAUUUCCCCAGGUGUAGAGGGAAUGAGUUCCCAAAGCUUAUUUGGGAAUGUGGGCUUUCUUGUUUUAUAUUUGUUAUUCUCAGAGUCAGUGGUCCUUUUGUCUCAAUAACUGUUUUGUUUUGUUUUGUUUUUAAAUGGACCACCAGAAUCACUCUUAAUUUUAUGUCAUUCAUGUUUUCAUUGAUUCAUGUUUUUAAAAAAUAUAUAUCCUGUUUUUUGGAUAAAGUUUUUCCAAUGAUCAAAAAUUAAAGAGAUUUCUUAGCAUUUCAAUGACUACACCUCACAGUGCACUUCUUUACAGGCUAGCAAUGUCAAAGUUUUAAGCAAAUAAAGUAUGAGUUAGUGUGAAGCUCAGAUACAAAGGAUUGAGAUUUAUCCUUUACGAAUACAGGUAAUUAAAAUAAGGGCCCAUGAACCAGGCUGUUUUUAUUUGGGGAUAGAAAGUUUCCUUUUGAUAUUUCAGUCUUUACUUUUGUUCAUAGUAACAUGAUAUGACAUAAUCUCACACUUCCACUGCUUUCGUACUAUGGAGCUUGAUUGCUUCUUAAAGUUGGUCUGACUCCUCUUUUCUGUUCAUGUUUCUUAGGCAAGAGCCUGAGCCUCAACGGGUUGAGCAAACUAUAUAUUUUAACAGUGCCUAUGUGCCAUUGAAGUCUAGACACCUUAGCAAAGCAUCAGGACAUAGACCUGUAGGUUUGAUCCUCCACAUUCAGAUCCCAUGCACCAAUAGAAGCAGAGUCCUAUUAUGCUACUAAAUUAAAGAUACAGUGGAUUAAUUUCUGUAUAUUUUUCUGCACUUAAGCUAAAUUUGCUUCUUCAGUAUUCUGCUUUUGUGUUUUGUUGUUUUUUUUUUUAAGUGACGUAUUUGUCUCAAACAAUGUCAUUUUCUCAUAGGUGUUCAUAGGACAAAGGGUUAUUUAAGAAAUAUUUUUUACUCUGGUUUUUAAGACACUUUAAAGAACAUUCUUAGAUCUGCUUUAAAAAUAAAUAAACAAGUAAAACAUCUAGUGGCAGAGAGUCAUUUCAACCCUGCACUGUUAAUAAAUGAGUAUUAAACAUGGCCAAAAAUAGAUACUUGAACAUAAGCAGUUGGAUUAUUAUGUAAUGAAAUAUAUAGUUGUGAGCUAUGUAGUGGGGUAUUACAGAUUAUUCUAUUUGCUUUAGUGGGCUUGCUCAGGUACCCAUCCUUAAAGAAAGGAGACUCAAGGUUUCCACCAGGCAUCUCUCCCUUUUAGGGGUUUAUAACUCAGUCUUACAUUCCUAGUGACAUUUGGGCUUUACUUAGCUUAUAUUUCAUGAAAAUUUAUGGGUAGGGUCUCUCUCAAUUUUAGCCUCAAAUUUUUAACAAUUUCUUUAAUAUAUCAAUCUGCACUAACAUCUCUGAUUUUAUCUACCUGUAAUUGAGAAAUAAUGUCUUCUAGGUUAGUUGUGUAAAAUGUGUGUCUAAUUGGACUACUUGUUUAGAGUCCCUUUUAAAGCUAAUUCAUUAGAUUGAAAAUUAUAUUUUUUAAUUACAGGUUUGUUGGGUUGUUUGGUGUCUCAAGUGAACACACAGGCUCAGAAUGACUUUUGCUUUCACUUUUUUAGUGGUUUGUAACACUGGUCUUCUCUUCAAAUCAUGCAUGCAAAUAGGAAGACAUUUAAUGUGACUCAACUGGAAACAGGUGCUCAGCAGUUGGCUCUAAUAACUACAUGAGGGUAUGUCAUAGCUAUAAGCUCAUAAUGACUGGCCCUUGGCACCUCCAUGUUUUAUUUUGUGUCCUCUUUGUUCCCCUCCCACCCUCACCCAUCCCCAGUGUGCCUGUAGUGAAGUGGCAAUGCGUCCAUCACCUUAUUUUGCAGUGCUCAGGAAUGGGAUGUUUAUUUGAAGGUGCCUAUCUGUUAUCGAAGCUCAGCUAGGUUUACCUCUUAACAGAUUGCAGUAGCUCUGCUGACUAACACUACAUUCUAGUUUUCCUGGCUCUGUUAAAAGCCUCUGUCUCGCUCAGUGGUAGCUCACUGCUGCUUUUAACCCUUCACCUCAGAUGGGCUUUAAAUGUCCGCUGAAACACUUACUGCUUUCAUACUUCUCACUCCGUAUUAACCUUGCAAAAGAAAACUAAUGGUAGGAUGUUUCUUCUUCCACAAACACCUUUUCUUAAAAAAUGGCAACAACAACAACAAAAAAGUGCCAGUUUUUGUGUACCGCAGGCUGGCCUCCAACUUACUACAUGGCUGAUUUUUAAACUCUUGGUGGUUUGGUUUUUUGUUUUGUCUUUAUUUUUUUUGUUUGUUUGUUUUUGUUUUUCCAGUCUUCAAUACUUAUAUUUUGUACUAAUUCAGAAAGCAUUUUCUUUUUCUUAACGUAACGUAUCAGUAGUGGAAUUUGAGGUUAUACUCUUAGAAGGACUUUUGUUUGGAUGGAUAUAGUCAGCUGAACCUAACUUUUUUUUUUUUUUUUUAGGCCUAGUUUCACUUUGUAGCCUCGCUGGGAAUCCUUCCCCUAGUCUCAACUCUCCACUGCUGGGAUUAAUGCCACCAUGACUGGUGACACUUUUUAAAUAAGGGUUUUUUUAAUUUUAUGCCCAUGAACAUGCAGGUGACAAGUGGAAUUUUGGCCUACAGGUUGGAGAGGGGAACCGUGUCAACAAAGCUCAGGCUUAGGGGCCACUCAAGAGCAGAUUUUAAUAGUCAACACACAGCUUUCUUGCUGCUGAAGGGUCAGUGCCCAGUGCCUAUAACAGUUCUCUUUACAUGUAGCACCAGAAGAAAUCCAAGCUAGGCACUUCAUGGUGUGUAGAAGGAGGUCAAAAACAAGCAGUCUGUGGUUCUUGCCAAAAGGGAGGGAAAGUUGCUUUGGUUGCUCUUGGGGGUGGGAUAUUGUCAUUUUCUUUGGAGGAAGCUGCUGAGUUACUUGAAGAUAGGAAGUUUGUUUUUUGAGUUUGGGAUGUCAGACUGUCAGUAGCCAUGUUUCUAUUUCAACCUCCUUUUCCCUUUGUCUUAGAAAACAAAAUACAUAAUUCUCAAUAUCAAGUUCAUAUAUUACACUUUUGUUCAAAGCCUAAUUCACAGUGGUGCUGAUUAUAAUAACCACUAUGGGGGCAGAAUCCUGUAUGCCUACCUGUUGCCAUGCCACUGAGUAACAAACUGAUGACAUCUGAGCAUGCUCUCUGUGGCUGUAGAGCAUCACAGUGGUGUAGACACUUUGUAUAUUGGGUGAGGGGGGUUUUCUAGAUUAUAGGGGAGGGUAAAUAGUUUUGGGUUUGUUUUGUUUUGUGUUUUUUUUUUUUUUUUUUUGGUGGGUUGGGGAGUAUAGUACUCAAUUAUGCCCUGAAAAUAACAUGUAUAAACUGCUAAAGUGUAUGGGUGUGGGUAUGUGUGAGUGCGUGUUUGUAAAUGUCUGGCAAUUUAACCUUUGUCUUCUGGAAGUUAGUGAAUUUUUCUCCUUUUUCCUCUGGAAGAAUUUGUUACAAAAUUUGUAAAUAAGAGCGCUACCUAGUUCGUUGACCAUGAACAUGUUGCAGCAAACCUUACCUGCUUCAUUCUUGCAAGGUGUAAGUCUUGCCAGAUUACACAGCCACCGCAAUCUCAGUAAUUGUUUGCCUUGAUUCAUCUUUUAGAUUUAAUUUGCCAGUCCUAAAAACUCCUAGUCUUCCUCGGUUUUAGUUCAUAAUCUUUCAUCUGAGCAGAAAGGAUCAAAGAGCUAGCCUAUCUGUCUUAGGCUUUGGGCUGAGAGUCUGGCAUCCUGUUCUUCAUACUGCAUGCAUUGUGGCUAGAUACAUGAUCAGACAACAGAGGGUUGGGCAUUCUUGCAAUACCUUAGCAGUGCUGAAAUAUACAGCAUGGUACUAAGGAAGUUAAAGUUUGAAUGUAACCACUUUAUUUAAAGGGUUUUUUUUUUCUUUAAUUUAAAUGAAACCGAGUUGAAAUGAACAUGAUUUUGUUGACCAUGUUCGUAAAUUAUAGAUGCAACAUGCAUUGGUAGAAUUGUGUGGUGGUCUGGUGUGAUACUUCAUUUACAUAUCCCAGUCUGUAUGUAUUUGCAUAAACAGAAAACCAAACUCCUGCUUUGCUCUGAUUGGAGGAUUUCCAGGACUGCUGUCUGCUCCUGAACCUUGUUUUAAGUACGUGUAUCCUUUGCUUGUAUUUUGUAUUAAAAAAUAAGGAAAAGAACCUCUUAUUAUUGAGCAUGUUGGCAUUGUCCCCUUUAUUAUUUUUUUUUUUUCCUCUUUUGGGGACAUGAAGCAAGUUACUCUUUUUCUGUAUCUUUUUCUUUUGUAAACCUUUUGGUUUGUUUUGUUUAAAAAUGGCUUUAUAAAAGGGCUUUUGUAACCCA